AUGAAGUCGUUCGCUUUCUCUCUGUUGGCGCUUUUGGCGGGGUCGCAGGUCAGCUGGGCACUGGGUGGCACUUGCCUGAUGGCUCCGGCGGCCGGGACGAAAUGGGGUCUUUGCCAGUAUCAGAAUGCUGUGCUUUACUGCAGAGAAACAAAUGGCUGCAGCUCUGAUGGCGCCGCGUGCCAGUGGGUGAACGAGCCUUCCGCGAUUUGCACUUGA